GGCCAGAGGCGGCUUGGGCUGCGCCUGCGGCCCCAGCAGAGGUCCAAACCAUGAAUUACGUUGGACAGUUAGCAGGGCAAGUGUUUGUAACGGUGAAGGAGCUCUAUAAGGGACUAAACCCUGCCACAUUAUCAGGUUGUAUAGAUAUAAUUGUUGUACGUCAGCCAGAUGGAAAUCUUCAGUGUUCUCCUUUCCAUGUUCGUUUUGGGAAAAUGGGAGUUCUGCGUUCUAGGGAGAAAGUGGUUGACAUAGAAAUUAAUGGAGAAGCUGUAGAUCUGCACAUGAAACUAGGAGACAAUGGAGAAGCCUUUUUUGUACAGGAGAUGGAUAAUGAUCAGGAGGUAAUUCCUUAUCAUCUCUCUACAUCCCCCAUUCUGUCUGAGGGAACUUCUUUAAUGGAAACUCAACUGAAAAAGAACUCGAUAGACAGGAUAAGAAACCUGGACUCCAGUGUAUGCUCAAAAGUGUCAGCCCAAGCCCAUGGAUCCCAGCCUGCUGUGGAGACCUCUCUGGCCUGUAGCUCUCUGAAAAAAAGGAGGAAAAAGAGGAGGAAGUCUGCCCAUAAAAUGGAGAGCUUAAAACGAGAAGACAAUGGAGACACAUCAGAAGAUGAAGAUAUGUUUCCUAUAGAGAUUAGUUCAGAAGAAGAAAAAGAGCCAUUGGACAAUUCAAGGAUUCCUGUUCCAGAAGUGUGUAUUGAUGAAGUAUCUGAGAUAAAGACUCCUACCGUUGCUGCAUUUUCCCAGUCUGCAUCUUACCCUCAUUCAGAUGGAGAAUGGUCACCUCUUCAAAGUAAGCCUAUAGUUUGCACAGGGCAGUCGUCUCUUCUCACUGUUCCAGCAAAUGGAGGCCUGUCUAACUCUUGCCCUCAUCAAUCUUCUCACUUUUCUCCUCCAGACAGCCCAGCAGGUUCACGCCCUCCUACUCCUAAAAGUGAUUCAGAAUUAGUUAGUAAACCUAUGGAUAGGGGAGGACUGAAGAAUAAUCCACAGAUGCACUGGGCUUGGGGAGAGCUACCCCAGGCAACAAAGGCCAGUUCCCUGCUCAAAACAAAGGAACCCAGCAUGGUAGAUGUAAAUCCUUCUGAAAACACUCACUUUCGGGUCAUCCAGAGUGCUCCUAUAGAGGAAUUUAGCACUAUGUCUCCUUUACCUGCCCUUGGACAAGCAGAUGCAGCAACUGCUGGUGAAACUGAGCCCUUGCCAGCUGAGACAAAUAAGCCAGAGAUAGAGUCUCCAAUAGCAGCUGUACCACCAUUGCCUGGCAAUGAAGAAAUAAAACAAGCUGCAGCUUGCUCAGCCCAACCAGUUGGCAAGACAGAUUCCCCUUCCAGAAGGAAAGACAAACGAAGCCGGCAUCUUGGUGCUGAUGGUGUCUAUUUAGAUGACCUCACUGACAUGGAUCCAGAAGUUGCUGCACUUUAUUUCCCCAAAAAUGGGGAUAAUGUCCAAAGUAAGAAUACAAGUGACAACGGGCCACGGUCAGCCAGUCAGUCCCCUCAGUCCUUUGGGAGCUCAGGUGUUGACAGUGGUGUCGAAAGCGUCUCAGAUGGACUUAGAGAUUUGCCUGCCAUUGCCGUUUCCCUCUGUGGAGGUCUUACUGACAACAAAGAAAUAACCAAAGAAGAGUUCUUAGAACAUGCAGUAACAUAUCAGCAGUUCGUGGACAAUCCUGCUAUCAUUGAUGACCCUAACCUUGUGGUUAAAAUUGGAAAUAAAUACUACAACUGGACAACAGCUGGUCCCCUUCUACUGGCGAUGCAGGCGUUCCAGAAACCUUUGCCAAAGGCCACUGUGGAAUCUAUAAUGAGAGAUAAGAUGCCCAAAAAAGGUGGAAGAUGGUGGUUUUCAUGGCGAGGGAGAAACAGCACUAUUAAAGAGGAAACAAAGCCAGAGCAAGGUAUGAGUGGGAGUGGACUAACAGGAAAAGACUCUUCGCAGAUGACAGCAAACAGAAUAAAAGAUGAAUCUUCGUCAAGUGAUGAAGACCCUAGAACUGCCAAACAAAACCUUGGGUCAUUACAAACCAACUCCAGUCAUCUUUCAUUAUUGUCUGGAAUCAGUUACAAAAAAACCCUUCGACUCACUUCUGACCAGCUUAAAAACUUAAAGCUGAAGAAUGGCCCCAAUGAUGUGACCUUUAGUGUUACAACACAGUAUCAAGGCACUUGCCGCUGCGAGGGUACCAUUUACCUGUGGAACUGGGAUGAUAAAGUUAUUAUUUCUGACAUUGAUGGAACAAUCACACGGUCAGAUACUUUAGGCCAUAUUCUGCCUACUCUUGGCAAAGACUGGACACACCAAGGGAUUGCAAAGUUGUACCAUAAAGUGAGCCAAAAUGGAUAUAAGUUUUUGUACUGUUCAGCACGUGCUAUUGGGAUGGCAGACAUGACCAGAGGGUACUUGCACUGGGUCAAUGAACGAGGAACAGUGCUGCCUCAAGGGCCAGUGUUACUGAGUCCAAGCAGCCUAUUCUCAGCUUUUCACAGGGAGGUGAUAGAAAAGAAGCCAGAAAAAUUUAAAGUUCAGUGUUUGACAGACAUCAAAAACUUGUUUUAUCCUAACACUGAACCCUUUUAUGCUGCUUUUGGAAACAGACCUGCCGAUGUUUAUUCAUACAAACAGGUGGGAGUUUCUUUAAACAGAAUAUUUACGGUUAACCCCAAAGGAGAACUUAUACAGGAGCAUGCAAAGACAAACAUUUCUUCUUAUGUCAGACUAUGCGAAGUGGUUGAUCACAUUUUCCCUUUGCUGAAAAGAAGCCAUUCUUCAGACUUCCCUUGUUCUGAUACCUUCAGUCAGUUUACCUACUGGAGAGAACCUCUACCACCUUUUGAAACUCAGGAUGUACAUCCAGUCUCAUCUUAAUUGCAUCUCCAAAUUCUUGGCUUCAUUUCAAAGAAUGAAUUGAAUUGUACUGAAAGUACAUCACUUGGCUUUGCAGUUGACAGUUCAGCUGGAAUCUGUGAUGUUGUGAGCAUUGUAUUCAUUUGCUGUGAGCAAACUUAGAAAUACUUUUUCAUACUAAAAGUCACAUUUCCAGAUGACAAGGGUGAGUGUUACUAGGAAUGGGAUUUUGAUUCCUAGCUGUUCACCUAAUUGCCCAGAUUGUGCCAUACGUUUUCAUUACCUAAGGUCAAAUUCAAGUGUAGUGAUGUUGGAGCUGCAGUUAAGUAUGCCAUAAGGAUUAGUUCUGUGUCUUUUCUGCAUCAGAGAAGUCUUCCUCAUCUCAUUAGAACCCCCUGCUAGCAAGGGAGCUGAAGGCGCUGACCAUUCCUAACAUCAUUUGGCAACAUGGGCGGAAGUUGCAAUCCAUGUAAAGUCAAAAUUCCUUUCUCUGAAAGAUCAUAUGAUUCUUCCUCUUCACCUCUUUUCUUGACCAACAGAUAUUUUUGUAAGGGUUAGAUAGUGGUCACAUCCUCAACUAUUGUAAAUCAAUGUAGCCAUCAAAGCCAAUGGAAUUGUUUUGAUUUAUUCCAACUUGUUAUUUUCACAUGAUAACGUUUUUCUGAGGAAAGAAAUAAUGCAGAAUCUAAAUGGAAAGCAAAUGAAAUUAGAUGGCCAGGUUCUGCUACCAUCACUCUAAUUGAGAAGUACCAUGCUUCAAGAGGAGCUAAGUGUGAAAGUGAAAAAUUCAAGUCGGUAUGUAAAGUGCCCACAGGAGUCAAUGGUUUUACUCCAGUGGUUUUCAGUAAAGUCACACACUGAAUUUCCCAAAUUUGAAGACCAUUGCUGAGCUAAGAGCCUUGAGGGUUUUAUCAGUGGAGCAGUUUUAUCUGAAACAUUAUUUUGGGCUAAAAUGUGAACUUUGAUGCUGGUGAAUGAUGCAUCUCAGGUUUUUUUUACCACGUGGGAUUUUUGAGUCUUUUAUUAUAAAGAAUGGAUGUUUUCAGUGUAAUUUACUAUCUUAUGAGAAAAUGAAAUCUCCUCUAUCACCUUCUGUCCUAUCCCUGCAAGUUUUUCCUGUUUUUUCAGACACAAGCUGUAGAUACUGUUUUUGCUACUUACUUUUUGACUGCCUUAAGAUUUAACCAUGUGUUAGAAGCAAUAUUGCAGAUCAGCUGAAAAUGUUUUCCAAAUGGUCUGCCUUUUUGCAAUGUAGUACUUUAAAUUAAAACGUAGACAUCAAGUAACCAUAUGCCAAAUGAUCCUCAAAUGUGCUUGUAGUUACAGAAAUGACUUUUUUUUCCUUUUAAAAUAUGUAAGUCUAAUGGUUCUUUGAAAGACUGAAAAUAGCAUUGUGGGAUUCCGUGUAUGUUGUAUUUCAGUACAGCUAAAACAGUGGUUCCCAGGCUGUAGUCUCUGCCUGGUCGUAAUCUGUGAGGUAAUGGUAGGUGUUUCACAGCUACUUUGUAGUGUUUUCAGUUAAGAGUUUAAUAAUAAGAAGGCAAUGUGGUCCAGGAGAAACUUUUUAAGAUGUGAUUGUGGUCUGUUACCACCCAAAGUUUUGGAAACAGCUGCUCUGUGUCCGCUUGCUCCAUAUCAAUGAAUUCUUGUUUUGCAAGCCAGAAGAGUGAUAGCAAUGAAAUUAGGAUGGCAAUUCUAAAAUAGAGAUUUUUCUAAUUCUUAGUGAUGCAGACUUUAUCUGGAAUGUCAGGAGGCCAAUAACGUCAGUUCAAUCCUUUGUACAGCCACAGUGGGCAGUAGUGAGCCCAGCCCCAAGUUUUCCUUUUCAAGUGAACUUUACCAGUUUGGGUGAGGUGUAUCCUGCUUUGGAGAAGUUGGAAUUAGCAGACAAGCUCAAAGAGGAAGAAAUGUGUGUUUAACAACCCAAGCUGAAUAUAUUCUCUUGAAAGUUUAAAGAAAAUGCAAAAACCUUACCUACAGACUGAAGACAUUUAAUGUGAAUUCUCUGAAAGACAGUCAGAGGGGAUGUCAGGUUGCCAAACUGAAUAGGCUGCAUCUCUAAAUAUAGCCACACUUCCUUUGUAGGUAUUUUUUAAUACCUGUCAUUAAUGAUUGAAUUAAUGAGUGAACACACUAACCACAUCCUAUCUUAAUCUAUUUAUGGUAAAGGCCUGUUUCAGUCCAUUCAUUUUGCAAAAUAAAACCCAAACCAACCCUUUUCCCCAAGCAUUUGCUAAGAGACUGCCAGUUUUGUUAUCUUUCAUAUAAGUUAAGAUUUAUUUUCCUAAGUUACUGCACACUGCAGCUUCUGUCAGAAGAGGUUUCUGAAAGUUCUUCAGAACUUAAGCCUAUGAUGUAUGUAUUUAUGACAUAAUAAACAGCAAAUCCAGGGUUUGUUGUCACCAUUAGUAUUUCAGACCAAAUAGUAGUGUAAAUGAGUGGCCAUUUUAAUUCUGUCCAAUUUCUACGCGUAGUGUAGCACUGGUAUAGGUUACCUAGAGACACUGUGAAAUAUCCAUUGUGGAGUUUUUUAAGACUUGGCUAAACAAAGCUGUGACUGACUUGAUCUAGAGUUGGUGAUUGUCAGCUUCAAGCAUGAAGUUGGACUAGAUGACCUCCAGGGGUCCCUUCUGACCAACAUUUCUAUGAUUCUGUGAAAUUGAAUGCCUUACUUCAGACAUACUGUAUAUCCCUUUGUAUCUGAAGGUUUAUAGUUAUAUAAACAGAUAUUUGUUGAUACAAUAUUUAUCAAAUUUGUUCACAGGAAAGACAGGUAUGAAAAUCAAAGUUUUGACUUGGCCUGCUAGAAAUAUUGGUUUGUUGUAAGUACACUUUCAAAAAAGAGAAAUUGAUUCGGUGGCUGAGCAUUUUUAUGCAGUAUAUUUAGAUUACUUUGUUAAUUUGUAAAGAACAAAAAUGGAAUGGUUAAAUUCCUACUCUUUCUGUGAAAGAAAAAACUAAACUUUGCUUUCAAUGUAAUGCUGGUUUCUGUUACAGAAAGAAUAUUUGGCUAACGUAGUAUAAAUAUGCAGACACAUUAAGUAACUGUAUGUUCUAUUUAUACAAUACACAAACUAGAAUAUGCAACAGUGAGGAGUGACUAAUGUUUAUUUUAAUGAAUCUGAUGACCAUACCACUCCAGUUGUGUCAUGUGAGGGACAGAAUACCAUACUUGUUGCAUUAGUUACGUUGAAGAUAAGAUGUUAUUGCUAUAAUUUUGGGAAGGGAGGGAAAGAGGAGAUUGAGUAUUUUUAUGUAUAGGUAUGAAUUAUUAUUUCAAACUCUAUUUAUAUGCAGUAUUUACCCUAUAAAUGUAUGUGCUAUUGCAAUGAUGAAAAUCAUUUUAACACCUCAUUUUGAUCUGCUGAAUGCAAACAGGAUAGAAAUAUAUAUUGUAAUAAAGGCAAACAGAUCAAAAAAAAA